AUGAGUUGGAGUUUCCUGACUAGCCUGCUGGAAGAAAUCCACAACCACUCCACGUUUGUGGGCAAGGUCUGGCUCACCGUCCUCAUCGUUUUCCGCAUUGUGCUGACAGCUGUAGGAGGAGAGUCCAUCUACCACGAUGAGCAGAGCAAUUUUGUCUGCAACACAGCUCAGCCGGGUUGUGAGAACGUCUGCUACAACGCCUUCGCUCCACUGUCACACGUCCGCUUCUGGGUCUUCCAAAUCAUUCUGGUGACCACACCUUCUCUCAUGUACCUGGGCUACGCUGUCAACAAGAUUGCUCGGACAGUGGAGCGGGCAGAUGGUCGGGGAGUGAGUGGAUUUUCACGGAGGAAAUCCAAGAAGCGCUGUCUUGCAGCCAGAAAGCAGCACAGGGGCAUUGAAGAGGCUGAGGAUGACCAUGAGGAAGAUCCAGUGAUCUAUGGAAAGGGUGAGGUGGAGCGCGAUGGUGGUGGAGCAGCAAAAGGGGGAAGUGGUGAUGGACAAGUCAAAGCGCGGCAUGAUGGGCGCCAGCGGAUCAAAGAAGAUGGACUGAUGCGCAUUUAUGUGCUUCAGCUCUUGGCUCGCUCCUCGCUGGAGGUGGCUUUCUUGUGUGGACAGUAUUUGCUUUAUGGAUUUGCAGUAUCUCCCACUUACGUGUGCAAAGUCCUGCCCUGCCCUAACAGCGUGGACUGCUUUGUGUCACGACCCACUGAGAAAACAAUCUUUCUCCGCAUCAUGUACGCAGUCUCCCUGCUCUGUCUGGCACUCAGUAUAUGGGAGAUGCUUCACUUGGGCAUAGGUACCAUCUGUGACAUCGUACACUCCCGCCGGGUGCAGCUCCCUGACCAAGACUUGUACGGACUGACACGGGGACAAAGAGCUCCUAGAGAGGCAGGACUGAUCAAAGUGGAACACAGAAGCUACCCUCAUUCUUGGAAUGCACCAUCAGCCCCACCUGCGUACAACAUUGCCAUCAAGCCUCCUCCGGUGUCUACAGGGAACCAUGACAAACCACUGCCCGUUACUGAUCUCGCUAAUGCUAAGGUGGCACGCCGGCAGAACCGUGUGAACAUUGCACAAAAGCAGCGUCAGCAGGACACCAAUAAUCAUGACAACUUGGGCAGAGUGAGGAUGGGAGACGCCCCCAAAGUUGUUCAGAGGGACGUCCAUCAGCCUCAGAACAUGCUGGAAAUGCACAGUCAGGCCUACAGCCAGCUUCAGAGCCACAGUCAUAACCACAGCAAGCCAACCCAGGAAUACCGCAAAUACCGGCAGGCCUCGAAACACGCCGAGUGGAUCUGA